UGGCAAUUCACUUGCAUAAAUCGGAAAUGAGCAUAGUCUAAUUCAAUUCAACUUGAGCUUGCUUCUCAUUCUCGGGCAUACCACGCUUAUCCUGUCGGCGCCUAUUGUCAGAGCUUCCAGGUCUGGAAGGGACCACUCUUUAAUGAAGAGAGAGACGAAGAAGAACAAACAUGCAAAAUCCCAUACGGUCUAAACCAAAUACAUCAUUAAAAGCAUUAAUACCGAAAACAAAAAAGGGAUAACAAAAAGGAAACUCUACAAGAGCCAGAUACAUGUAUUGAAAAUGCCACCUCCACGCCCCGUCCUCCUCUCUCCCAUCCACUCCCUUAUCUCCGCUUUUGCUGCUGGUGCGCCCUCUUCGACCAUUUUAACACACUUCACAGCCUCCCCAAUCCCUCUAGUUCACGAGCACGGGGGUUGCUAUUUUCGACACGGUCUGCCCUUCCUAGGUCGCGACUUUAUCGGUCUUUCUAGGGUGGGCGAGUACUUUGAUUUACUCGCUGAGUAUCUUUCAUACAGGGAUAUGGUAUUUGAGAGUGAGGAUGACUGGGUAGUAGAUCCUCAGAAUAUGACUAUAUGUCUUCGAGGGCAAGCACAAUUCACAUACAAGGAGACUGGAGAAAGCUGGAAUGAGACUUUUAUGUGGAGGGUUACCUUGUCGGAGGACUUGACAGGGGAGAGUGAACCGGGUCCAGGGCAGGGGUUGAAGGUGCAGGAGUAUCAAGUUUGGGCGGAUACAGCGGCAGUAUUUUUGGCUAGUCGUGGGGAGUUGAAACAUGUCGCAAAGGGGACUGGGGUGGAGAUGAAUGUACGGCCUAUGACAGGCAGUAAGGAGUCGGAUUAUCCAGCGAAGCAUAAACUAGGAGAUGGAUUGUCAGCUUAUGGUAGUUGUGGAUGAGCAGGAAAAGAAAAACCA